AUGAAGGGAGGUGGUGCCCAGAAGAUGGAAGUUUCUGGACUGGAACCUUCAGCUCUCUUUGAGAAAUCUAUUUCUUCCCCACAACUUCCAGCCUUCUUGUGGGACAAGGGUACACUCACCACUGCCAUAUCUGAUCCUGCUUACCUAGUAAAAGUUCUCUUCUUCAUUUCACUCCUGAUGACUCUGGCCACUCUACUCAUCCUGGUCUGGAAAGUAACCUAAGACAAAGGCAACAAGAACAGAGAACCAGACCAAAGAAAGGAGGCAGCACUGCUGGCAUGA